CGGCCCUGAGUGAGAUGAAGCGCGGAACCAUGGCUCUCGGCCGCCUUGGGUCCGGCCCAUAGGCUUUCUCCCAAAGCCAACCGGGUCUUCCGCGGCUUUUGGCCGGACUCUGCCCCGACAGCCCUCCUUCCCCGCCUCCCUCGCGGACCCCCCAUCUCCCUUCAGCCUGCGUCCUUCCCGGCUGUUUCCUCCUCUUCCCGCCGGACUCCUCCCAGCUUCUGCUCCGCCUGCCGCCGUCUCUUCUUGUUUGUUGAUGUUUCACUUAGUUUUAUAUUCCCGGCUCCCAAGAUGGAGGCGGCACCGGGGCCACGCGAGUUCUUGUGGCUGAUCGCGGGGUUCCUUCUCCUGGGGUCCCGCGGCUCAGCCUCGCCCGACCCAGCCGACGCUUUUUUCCCGCUCGUCAGCCAGGAAAGUGUCAAGAUUAAAGUUAGUAUGUUGGGAAACAACGGGGACAGUCAAGAGGGACAGGUUGUCCUCAAUAUCACCUAUGUUAAUGGGCAGGUGUACGUAAAUGACUUCCCACUGAAAAGUGGGGUUGCCCGGAUAAAAUGUCAGACUUUAAUAUUGGUGAAUGGUGAUUCUGGCAGAUCAGAUCAACAGCGAUUAGGAAUUGUAAGUGUUCGCAUUAUGGUCCACAAAUGGCCAAUGGCAUCCAGCUCCAAUUUGCAGUUAAUUGUUGUUCAGGAGGAAGUGACAGAAAUUGAUGGAAAACAGGUUCAGCAAGAUGAAGUAACUGAAAUAGACAUAUUAGUAAAGGAUAUACAAGUACUUAGGCAUACAAAUUACACUGUUCCUCUGAAGGAGAGCAUGCUGUAUUCCAUCCCCAGAGAUAAUGAUGUCUUAUUCACACUUCCGAAUGUUGCAGGAAAAGAUAUUGAAAGUCCACUACAAACAACCAGUCACUACCUUCUUAGACAAGCAGAGACAACAGUAGAUGAAGAGACAAUGCCUGGCAAAUUGCCAGAGACUCCUCUCAGAACGGAGCCUCCAUCUUCUUACAAGGUGAUGUGCCAGUGGGUGGAAGACCUAAGGAAAGAGCUCUGCAGAUUCUGGCUCCAGUCUUUCCCCGUGUUCUUUAACUUCAUGGAGGUCAUUGUGGUUGGAGUUAUAGGAGCAGCUUUAAUACUAAAAGUCUUAAAAGUGUUUUGCCCUUCAUGUGAACCCAGGGCGGUCCUUCAGCUUGAUGCCAAUGUCAUACCUGUGGUUGCAAUUAGUUUACUUCCUGAUAUUCCAGAGAAGACAGACAAUAUAGAAGAGAAAAGUAUUUAAAAAGAAGUUGGUCAUAAUUUUAUGAGUUUGUUAACCUGAUAUCUGGCACUUGAUUCUUAAUAUAUUGUGUACUUUUUUUAUAUUAAGUCUACAAACUAUCAAUGUUUAAAGGACACUCAAGGUUGGAGCCCAAAGGAAUUCAUGUUUCUCUUCAUUUCAACCAUCCUAAUACAUUCUUGACAAAUGAAAAAAAAAGUAGUAGUUUCCUCACUUAAGGAUUCAGUUAAGUUCUAACUUCUGUGAAGUAAUCACACAAUGCCUUAUACUGUUAAUAAUCUUACCUUCCCUGGAUGUGUGAACCUGCCAUGUUAAUUCAAAUAACCUCUAUUGGAAAUAUCCAGAGAGGCUCGAGUAAAAUGAUUCCAGGACAGCAUGAUUAAUAUUAUAGCCUGAAGUUCCACAGUGCAAUAGAAAAGAAGUUAUUUGGUCCUAGCAACUGAGUAAAAGUAUGAACAAGGUUGUACACACCACUAAGAAGGAAGCUAGUUUAGGCCUAUAAUGUUUAAGCAUGUCUUGUGGGAGACGGCAAGAGAGUUUUCUCAUACUGUUCUAUAAAACAAAUGAAUAGUGCAAUGCUUCCCUUCCCCCAAGGUAAUCUGACAUUACAAGCACUUUAUUCAGUCGUUUAAAAUAAGGCCUCUCCAUUAUAUUGUUCUGUUGGUAAAACUGUGCUUCUUGAAGUUGCAGUAGAAUACAAACGUCUCUCACCCAAGAGCACAAACUGUCUUUUUAAAGUGCCCGUUUACUAAAAGAGCAGUUUUACAAACCUGUACGAACACAACUUUAUAAUAAAUCCAUUCCAGUUGAGAGAAAUGUCAGUUCCUUUCUGAAUACAGAUGAGGAUGACAAGAUCCAGCAACUGGUUUAAGUAGCUAUGCUACACUGGGCAAUUUAUUUUACAGUAUUUUUAGGCCAGGGUGCGGAAUGUAUGGGCCCUCUGGAUAUUAUUGAAGCCAACUCCCAUCACCUGUAGGCAGCAAAGCAAUGACAUGGGGAUGAUAAGAACUUUAUUCCACCAAAACCAUAUGUUCCCCAUCUCUGUUCCAGGUCACCAUUCAGGAUUGCUGCACCCCAGGCAGUUAAGAAAUUUGUAGAUUCUUUAAUAUCAUUCAGUAAACACUACAAAUUAUAAAACACUGUAGCAGAGGGAAAUCCAAAGAUCUACAGUACUAUAAAAGUGGCCUCUGUAAAUCUUUUUAGGGCCAAAAAUGGCAUGAAGAUGACUUCUAAGUUAUCAAACAGUAUGUGAGGGAAGACCAAACAAGCUUUCCCUGGAACCAUCAACAUAACAUCCUAGGAGGAACGUUCUUGUGAAGGUGUAAAAAACAAAAAGCACAUUCCUUCACACCUGCCUCAGUUCUCAAGGUAAGCACCUAAGCAGAGUUCAGCAUGUGGUAUGUUCAUGGUGGGAAUGAGGCCUCUGCCCUUCCUCUGGAAAGAACAUGUGCCAGUUUUUUAUACAGACAUACCACUUGUUAAAUACCACGCUGCUCAUUUUGUAGGAAACUUGAGAACACAAAACAUUGUGUAUAUGCAAUACCACAAUUGCACUGCUGCUUGACAAAAUAUCCAGAGCAAAUUUUAUGAAAAAAGACCAUUUUUAGUUUGCUAGUGAUGCUACAUUGCUCUUUGCAUAGGUCAAAUGGGUUGGAUUCGGAGUGACACCGCUCAGAAUUAAAGUCUGAGUCAUCACCCUUCUGGUUCAUUCCAGGGCCAAUCACCCUACAUCAGCAGAACACAGUGGUGUGGAUCCUUCUGUAACUCAUUAUUGCUUGUGUACUUACUUAGAAGUAUGAGACAACUACAUUUCUUCCUGUCAUGAAGUAAACUGGGCAAACAAAAGCAAAGAACAAGCUUACUAAUUUCUGAAACUGACUACUUCCCUGCAUUAUUUAUUCCUAAACUGUGGACCAAUGUUAAAAAUGAUUUGUCCUAUCAACUGCAUAAAACCAACACAACGACUUGUAAGUUAUCAAACACUAUGGGAAGGAAGAUCAAAAGUUGCAAUGAAUACUCUGGUUGGCUGGGGAGAUAAUUUUGCCUCAUGACAAAACAGCGCUGGUUCAAAGUUGGGAAAGGUAACAGUUGAGAGGAAGCUGUUUGGAUUCCCACUGAAAACAAAAAACAAAAACAGAACUCUGAAAUAAAUGACAACAGACAAGGAGCAUGUUGAAAUAUAACCAAACAGAAAUAAACCUGAUCUGACAUGAAAUGAGGUGAAUAAGGCUGCAAGAAGUUGUUCAAUUUAUCUGGCAAACACCUUGUAGAAAAAU